UCUUCGUUUUCCCAAACACUUGCUUUUUGCGGGGGCACCCACCUCGCUGCCAUGCACUCCCGGCUAUGCUUGGGGAUCUGCUUUGGCUGCACUUUCCACCUUUGGCAGACACACUUGGCCAUUGGGGACUCGGUGCACCAGCCUGAAGCGGCUGGAAUGACUGAAGCCAUGCUCCCGGUGAUCCAACGGUCUCAGCCGCCGCGACCACAGGUACCCCGCCGCUUUUCCGCGGACAUGCGCUUUGUGUCCUACGACCCAGCCUGGGCCUAUUUGCCCAUCGGUUUCCCGCCAGCGAUCGGCCAGGGAGUCUUCGCGUGCGAUGCGGAUGCAAAGGCCAUGAGUAUACGGACUAUGCGGCACUUUCCUGGGAUGGAGCAAUUGGUGACCAACAUCACGUAUCUGUAUCUGGAAAACAGCUCCCACCACAUUCUUGGUGGGAGGAAUCCAGUGUGCCGGGAGAUCCACUUGUCUGGCCAGAAAAGCUAUUCCGAUCUGUUUUCUUGGGCGGCCAACCCACAUCUCUCGGAGUACAUAGGACAGAAGGUGGUGGCUGGGAGAGCAUGCUCCUUGUGGAACUUGCGCUCAAAGAACCAGUCCAAAAUGAGCUUGUGCGCAGCUGGCAACGUUCCAGUUGAGUUGAACAUCACCUAUCCCAAGAAUGACGGUAGCAGCUUCAAUGUUUCCUACCAGUUCGGCCCCUUGAGCAGCCAGGUUUCAGAGCAUCUACAAAAACCUCAUAUCUGUGACAGGCUCGCGCCUGGCUGUGAGAAUGGCCGCAACCGAGGUCCAGUGUCCUUGGAUGCAUACAUCUUCCAUCCAGCAGGAGAGUACAACCUCGAGGACCAGGAUGUGGGAGACCUGACAGGUGAUGCGCUCUUCAUUUGCGUCGAUCGGCUUCAAAACAAGUCCUUCAUGGAUCACAACUACACCCUGAUCUCACGCUAUGCCCUUGAAAUUUCCCCUGCAUUUGGACAGUAUGCCUUGUGCAACGGCUACCCCCCUACCUGUGUUGGUGGGGAUCCACGCUUGGUGGGCCGCAAGACCCCAUCGUCGGUGGGGGACGGUGAGAGCAGGUGUGCUGCUGAGAACCCGCUUGGCUUCUGGUUCUCUCUGCCGAAGGGUGGUCGUUGUGAGGGACAAAGGCGGCCUGGAAAAGACGCUUGGGCUACCGGAUGCAGCUGGUCAGUGCAGAAGCGCCUGAAAACCAUCCACCAGGAUUGCUUGUUCAAGCAUGAUUACCUGAAAAUCUGCAUGGCAGACGCCCACGAAAGGAAAGGCUUUGCCAGAACUAGCCGCGCCUUAGAAGCUGCGUUUGCAUCAGAGGAUCCAUCCAUCGGAGGCUGCGCGGAUGUUCAACCAGAGAGCAGUACGGCCGUGGUGGUGUAAUACCGGUGGUGUGUGAUCCAGGUUGAUCCAGUGGUACGGCCUGUGCUGGGCCAAUUUCCGCGCAGACG